CCGCCGCCCCCGAAGAAGCCACCAGCCUCCUCCUCCUCCUCCCUCGCCGCCGCCCGCCGAGGUUGGUCGCCGGACGCCAUGGCUCCCACCAAGAAGUCGAAGAAGAGCACGGAGAACAUCAACAACAAGCUGCAGCUGGUGAUGAAGAGCGGCAAGUACACCCUCGGCUACAAGACCGUCCUCAAGACGCUCCGGAGCUCCAAGGGCAAGUUGAUUAUCCUUGCAAACAACUGCCCUCCACUCAGGAAGUCUGAGAUCGAGUACUAUGCUAUGCUCGCCAAGAUCAGCGUUCAUCACUUCCAUGGAAACAAUGUGGAUCUUGGAACUGCCUGCGGCAAGUACUACAGGGUGUGCUGUUUGAGCAUCCUUGACCCUGGUGACUCGGACAUCAUCACCACCGUUCCUCAGUGAAGACAACCUUACCUAUCCUAGUCUUAAGACGAUGUAGCGUGGAGAGUCAUGCUUAGUGGGCCAAGGGCCGUCUCUUGUUAUCGAGCCAGAGCUGCCAAUCGCAGUUUCAGACCAAACAUGGCUGUUUUUGUAAGGCAUUCCUAUGGUUUUGUUUUAUGAGAUGUUUAUUCCUA